CGUCCCAUUGUAAAAAAGUUAAAUUUCCAAAAACAUUGUUCAUUUCACAAUAUUUUAGAAUUAAUUAUGGACAUGCCAUCUAUUAUAUUAAAAUACUGAAAGAUAUGGCAUUGCAAUGGUCAAAUGUGUCUGUUAAGAUUGGAGGGAAAGAGAUUUUACACAAUGUCAGUGGCACAGUGGCACCUGGCGAACUGCUGGCUAUUAUGGCACCCAGUGGAGCUGGAAAAACUACACUGCUAAAUACCCUGAAUGGACGCAUUUCAUAUAGUGGUGAAAUCUGUGUGGGGAAUAUGCCUUUGAAUAAAUCAUUACGAAGAAGAAUGUGCUAUGUUCUGCAACAGGACUACUUCUUUUCAAAUUUGACUUUAAAAGAAACCUUGGAGUUUACAGCAAUGAUAAGAUUACCAGAUGAAUUGUCAGUUGAAGAAAAAAAAGUGAGACUCCAGUCUGUAAUAGAUGCAUUAGAUUUAAACAAAUGUCUAGAUACAGAGAUGGGAGGUAUUUUCACACCUGGACUAUCUGGAGGGGAGAUGAAGAGAGCCAGUAUUGCUUGUGAAUUAAUACAGGACCCAGACAUUAUAUUUCUUGAUGAACCAACUACUGGUUUAGACUCCAGCACGACCACCAGUUUGAUAUCACUGUUGAAGACGUAUGCAGCAGAAUGCAGCAAGUCAGUUAUAGCCUCAAUACACCAACCUUCGUCGCAGAAUUUCUUUCAGUUUGAUAAACUCAUGUUACUAACUGGAGGGCAGGUAGCAUAUUUUGGAGAGACGAGGCAGGUAGUACAACAUUUUCAGUCUGUUGGUAUUGCAGUUGAAGAGAACUACAACCCUGCAGAUUUCAUAUUGGAAGCAUUGUCAGAGAGUGAAGAAGUUAAAACAAAGUUAUUGUCGGCUUCAAAGAGCAACAGGGUGCAAUAUAGAGAUGGAGAAAUGUUGAAUUUUUCUGGUGGCAUAGAAGUGGAUGAAAAAUUAGCUAAUGGUGUUGCAUUUAGUGAUAUGGGUAGGUGUGAUUAG